AUGAAUUUUUCAAUUUUUUUAAUAAUAUGGUUGGGGUUUAUUAAGAGUACUUUUGGUCAGGGAAUUUUUGCAUAUUCUAUUGAAGUAGCAUUGGAUAUUGAUGGGAAAUUAGAUAAUUGGCCUAUAGUAUUAGAAUAUGAUGAUCCUGGUACGUUUAAAGCUGGUGAUUUAACAUCACUUUCUAAUAUCAGAUCUUAUAUAACUCCGGUUUUAACACCUUAUGGACAAUUACGGCUUAAGUCUGGUAAUGUUACAGGAUUUAACAGUGAAGGAUUUCUUGGUUUAAAACCCGUUGAUGAAGGAUUUGGGUUCAGUUUAGAUGAUGAUGAAUUAUUAUAUAAUGAUUCCAGUCUUUGGGUAGCUUGUCCAAUCGAAAGAAAUGGUAAAACAAUCUAUGGUAUUAAAUUUGAUAGUAAUUGUACUGAUGGUUUUCCUACCAAUUUAACUGUCAUCAGUGAGGAAUAUAUCUCAACCGAAUUUAAUCCUAAAUCAUUACAAACAAUGAUCCCUGAAAGUCCAGCUUCCACCAGUUUAUCAGAAAAUUCUUUCAAGUCUUACGAUUAUUCAACAUUUGACUCAUCAGCAUCCCCAAAAUUAAGUUGGUUCACAUUCUUUUUGGCAAUAGCAUUUUCAUCAAUUUUAGCAUAA